CGCUUAAACACGUUCAAGUACCGUGACGUUCCAGCAGCUGCAAACUUGCCGCAGCAUUAUGAUGAACAUGAUGUACCAACUCAAUUAACUAAUGUGCAGAAGAGUUUCAGACGUCAGGACCAGUUCACGUGAUUGCAGAAGAGUUGAAUGGGGACCGUUUGGACCGUGUCUGCGCUUCUAUGAAAUGCGGACUCACUGACCGAGUCUCACAUCUGCAGAAGGAAUUCCAUGACUAGUGAGUGUGGAGGCAGAGAGGUGCAGCGUGUGUUUGGGACUGGGAGUUUUGGAGUUAGGAAAUGAAAGCGGUGGGAAGGACAGACUCCAUGGCUCAGGAAAGGAAGAAAGGUGGGGUCCUUCCUCCAGAUGGAGGGUGGGGAUGGAUGAUCGUGGCUGGUUGCUUUGUGGUAACUGUUUGCACACGAGCUGUUACGAGAUGCAUCUCUAUAUUCUUUGUUGAGUUUCAGAUACACUUUGAAAGAGAUUACUCUGGGACGGCAUGGAUCCAUUCAUUAGUGGACUGCACAACCAUGCUGUGUCUAAAGAAGUACAGGAAUAUAUGCUACAUGUUUGCUGUGGGAAUGGAGGGACUAUGUUGUCUUUUUAUCCCCCUUUUACGUACAUUUCACUUGCUGGUACCUUUCUCUGUGCUCUAUGGGUACUUUGAUGGAGCCUAUGUUGCCCUAAUUCCUGUGGUAACGUCAGAUGUUGUAGGCACAGCAUACCUCUCUUCAGCUCUCGGGGUUGUGUACUUCCUCCAUGCUUUUCCCUAUCUGGUCAGCCCACCCAUUGGAGGUUGGUUGGUUGACACCACGGGGACUUACACAGCGACAUUCUUUUUGAGUGGGUUCGCCCUGAUCGCAAGCUCUCUCCUGCUGUUCUCAGUUGCCGUCAUUCGGCAUUGCUGGAGAAACCGAAAGAACAGCCUGAGCAAAGACCCAAAACUGAUGUCAUUUGAAGGCAAACAAGUGGACUAUUAUAGUUCUAAAAAUAAAGACUUGAUGACAAUUUUACCAGCAACUUCAUAGCGUUGGAAAAACAUUUUUUUUCUUUCUUUUUUUAAAUGUCUUAUUUCUUUGUUUAAUCAAUUUAAUGAAAUACUGUUAGAUAUCUAUGAAAUGAAAUUUUAUGAAAUACUGUUAGACUCUAUUAAUGUAUAGAGUCAUUCAUAAUGUUUAAAUGAGAAAAGACGUGUUUGUGUAUAAAAGUUUUCUCAUGCCUUUUGUUGACUUAUUGUUCAAAAGCAUUUAUUCUCAUCUACAGUCGCAAGCUUUAAAGAAAGUGGGUUUCAACACAAGACUUACAUUAUAUGUAUUUUCGUUAUGUCUCAUAUUUUAGAAUAAAAUCUGUGGACAUAGAAUUACAAA